GGGACUGUGCGGGGCCGUGCGGGGCUGUGCGGGACUGACCGGGACUGUCCGGGGCCGUGCGGGGCCGUGCGGGACCUGGCCGGGCCGCACCGCCAUGGCCCUGGCGCUGCCGCUGCCCGAGCCGCCCUGGCCGCCGAGCCUGGCCCCGCUGAAGGACGUGGAUGACUUGCUGCGCUGUGGGAUUUGCUUCGACUACUUCAGCAUCGCCGUGAUCAUCCCACAGUGCUCCCACAACUAUUGUUCUCUUUGUAUCCGCAAGUUUUUGUCCUACAAAACUCAGUGUCCAACAUGCUGUGUGGCAGUCUCCGAAUCUGACCUGAAAAACAACCGAAUAUUAGAUGAUCUAGUGAAGAGCUUCAAUUCUGCAAGACAGCAGCUGUUCCAGUUGGUGUUGGACGCUCCAGCGGUUCCGGCCCCGCUGGCCUGCAGCAGGCGUCCAGCUGCCCAGAGCCACGCCAGCACUCCUGUUCCUCAGCCAGAUUCAAAAGAGGUGCCAGUGACCGGCAGUUUCUUGAGAAAGGAUGAAGUCUGCACCUUGCCAAAGGCAGGGGGCCUGGCAGGGACUGAUCAGGGGACUUUCAAAACUGAGGGACACCAUGACCUUCAUGGCACUGCUGCAGAGGCUGGUGAUAGAGGCAGUGAAGUGGGAUCACAGGAGAGUCCUGAGUCCACUGAAAGUCAUGAAAAGCCUUCUACAUCUGUGGUAAAAGGAGUCAAGAAAGUGGAAUGUCCUGUUUGUGAGGUUGCUAUUCCAGAGCAAUAUAUAAACAAACAUCUGGAUAGCUGCUUGACCAGAGAGGAGAAGAAGGACAGCCUCCGAAGUUCUGCUCACAAAAGGAAGCUGAUGUCUAAAGUUGUUUAUAACCUACUGUCGGAUCGAGAUCUGAAGAAGAAGCUCAAGGAACAUGGUCUGUCUAGCUCUGGGACCCGUCAGCAGCUGAUUAAGAGACACCAGGAAUUUGUGCACAUGUACAAUGCUCAGUGUGAUUCCCUAAAUCCCAAGUCAGUUGCAGAGGUGGUUAAAGAGCUGGAAAAGAACGAGAAGAUUCGGGUUCAGCUCGAAUGUCAUAAACCCAGUGAAAAUAGCUUGACCUUCACGAAGGACCAGACAGAGGAAGAAAUAGAUGAGAUCCAUGCUGAAUAUCGAAACAAACACAGAAAAGAAUUCAAAUUCUUGGUGGAUCAAGUAAAGAGCCGGUGGAAGAAAAGUGGUGAGAGGAAAACAGAAAGUGCUCAAAGCAAAGAAGAAGUUGCUGUCGAAGAGCUGCCAGCAGCCACAGAACCUAGGGAAGAGCAUCACACAGCUGUUGUCCUCAGAGAAGCCCAGGAACUCCAGUCAGAUGCUGCUGAUGACCAGAGAAGUGAACCUGAUUGUGUGGAGGAAGGCCAGGGAUCGGCCUCUCCUGAAUUCUCCCUGUCGUCUGGAUCAACGAGCAGCACCAAUUCGGACAUUUUGGCAGACGUGGAAGAGUGUGAGACGUGUUCAGUGUCCUCUAACAGCAGCAGCAGCAGCUCCGUGGCCCUGACAGUGAACAAGAGGAAGUCCCAGCGGCCGCAGAUGCCGGAGAACGAUGAAGUUCUUCCCAGGAGCAAGCGGAAGAGGAGCUAAUGCUGCAGGGGUGGUGAAUCCUCAACGCUGGGAAACACUGCUUGGCUUUUUCCCAUCCUCAGUGUAUCUGCAUACUGAGUAAAAUGCUGAAUUUAUGCAUCACUGCCAUUCCAAGCUGCCCAAAUGACAAGGCUGAUGGUUUGUCCACAGCACUGUGGGCCGUUUACCUUUGAGAUUGGGCCCAGGGUGCUGGAGCCCCGUGGGAGCAUGAGCUGGCUCCUGUCCCUCGUGUCCCCUCACCAUUGCAGGACCAUGUGUUGCUGUUGUUCCUGCUCUCACCCCAUGGAAACUUGCUCUGCCCUCCUGGAAGCAGCUGCAGGACAGUGUUUGGCUUGGGGCUGGGCAGGUGCUGGUGCCCCAGUUCCCUGGGGAAGGUAGAGGGAGGCAGAGGGAUGCUGGGGAAUUCUGCUCUACAGAAAUAGGCUUUUUUAUGUAUGUCUGUGUCAAAUUGCUCAGUAUUAUGUUUCGUUAUUUUGGUUUGAAGUAAUGAAACUGGAAAGAGGUUGGAGAGUCAUUGGACACAAAGUAUUCUAGCUUUAAAAUAAAUAGUAACAUUGAAAAGUCUGAUCUUCCUUGAGAGGUGGUAGAAUUUUGUAAUGAAAUAAAGCAAUGCACGAAAAUGAAUCUGAACACCAGGGUAGGUUUUUAAAAAUAUGGCUUGUAAGCAAAAUACAUUCCAUGAAAAAUGCUCACAGGUGCUUCUGUGGAGCCCUGAAGCUUUGGUUAGAGCCCAUCACGGGGAGCUUGGCAAAGAAGGCACAAAAUCUGGGUAAAAUUGAGAGUUGUGUGCCAAUUAACUUCAGGCUGUAGCUGGGUCUCAGUGUUUGGCUUUUAGCAAUAUUCCUUCUCAGACUGUUGUUCCCAGGAACGUUUGUGUUCCUAAGUCUUGGCAAAUAUAAACCAUCGUAACUGCACAAGGUGAGGAGGUGCAGAGGCAAAGCAGGAAGCUGAUUGUGUUUUGUUUCAUUUUUACUAAACAAAACUUUUUGAAAGACAGUUUUUGGUGUCUGUUCUAGGGCUGCCUUUUCAUCACAGUAGCUCACACAAGGCAUUGAAAUUGCAUGCAGUUGACUAGGGAAGAAUAAAGAUGUUUAUGUGUGGAAUGUCAUGGAAUUGAUGUGGAUGGGGUUUGCAUCAGCUGUUGGGUAGCCCUGGAAGGGUUUGCUGGUUUGGUUUAGUUCUGUUUGAGUUAGCAGAGUUUUCUUUAAUAUGGUCACACCCAGAGAACAGCCUGGGAGAGCUCUGUUGGUGCUGCUGGAAGAUAAACCCCGAGCUGGGCUGCCAGAGUGGGGUUCUGCUGCUGACAGAGACUAAGGGGACACGUGCCCACCUUGCCUAAGCUCAGCC